AGUCGGUGAAAUGUCAUGCAACCACGGGGAGAACAUGCAAACUCUCCGUCGCGCAUUGCGCUGGACAGCCAGAGCCCGGAUUCGAACCCGGUGAAGACUUGCCCCAGCACCAAGAUAGCCAAUGAAAAACGAAGACUCUCCCCCAGGUACAUGGCAGGUCGACUCGAUACCGGAAGAAGGUCAAUAGUCACCACAUUCAAGAUGGCGGCCCCCUUGUGUCAGUGUUAUAAGGUAUGUUUAAGACGAUACUCUUUGGCAUUCCCCUCAUCUUUCUUGCUGCUGCACAACAGAGCCAAUGUCUUCAGAAUACGGAGCAUUCUCACAAAUUCUUGUCAGGUGCCUCAGUCCUCACUUCUCCAGGCAAGAUAUUUGUCAGGGGAGAGGGGCGGAGGAAGAAAAGGCUUCCUCGGUGAAUUCCUCGACGGUUUGAAGCAGGAGAUUAGCAAAAACAAGGAAAUGAAAGAAAAUAUCAAAAAGUUCAGAGAAGAGGCCAAAAAACUUGAGGAGUCUGACGCAUUGAGGCACGCGCGCAGGAAAUAUAAAACAAUUGAGUCUGAAACAGUAAAGACUUCUGAGAUUCUCAAAAAGAAGUUAGAGAACCUCUCAGACACAGUAAAGGAGGGACUUGAGGAGGUCACACGUACGGAAAUUGGAAAGAAGAUAAAGGAGGGAAUGGAGGAUGCAGCCAAAACGGCAAAGACCUCAGCAGAGAGCGUCUCAAAGAGUGGAGAGAUGUUGGGAAAGACUGGUGCAUUCAAAGCUAUAUCAGAGGGUAUGGAGAGUGUAAAGAAAGAGAUUGGUGACCUGGGCCACACUGGCCCCUACCGGCCCCCCGCUCGCCUCAGGAAGAGGAGCGAAUUCUCCUCGAAAGGGUCAUCGGAUGGCAACAAGGUCUUUGAAGCCAACGAGGAAGCCAUGGGUGUAGUGCUCCACAAGGACUCCAAAUGGUACCAGCAGUGGAAGGACUUUAAAGAGAAUAAUGUUGUCUUCAAUAGGUUCUUUGAAAUGAAGAUGAAGUAUGAUGAGAGUGACAACGCUUUCAUCAGAGCAUCGCGGGCUGUCACUGACAAAAUGACCGACCUCAUAGGUGGACUGUUCUCCAAGACGGAGAUGUCAGAAGUGCUGACGGAGAUUCUGAAGGCGGACCCGUCCUUCGACAAAGAUUCUUUCCUCAAGCAGUGCGAACAUGACAUCAUCCCCAAUAUUUUGGAGGCAAUGAUCAGAGGAGAGCUGGAAGUGUUGAAGGACUGGUGUUAUGAAGCGACAUACAGUCAGCUAGCACACCCGAUCCAGCAAGCCAAGGCCUUGGGACUUCAGUUCCACUCAAAGAUCCUGGACAUCGACAGCAUUGAUCUGGCCAUGGGGAAGAUGAUGGACCAGGGUCCGGUACUGAUUAUCACCUUCCAAGCUCAGUUAGUGACAGUAAUACGAAACACCAAAGGAGAAGUGGUGGAAGGUGACCCUGAUAAAGUUCUGAGGAUGAUGUACGUGUGGGCUCUCUGUCGAGACCAAGAGGAGCUCAACCCACAUGCUGCCUGGAGACUACUUGACAUCUCUGCCUCAAGCACUGAACAGAUCCUUUAAGACUCUUUGAUACCCACAGAAGCAACACUCGCUCACCAGGGGAGAGAACAUUCUCAACCUGAACACUAAUCAGAUGGGGAGGAAACUUGAUAGUCAACUCGCUGCAGAAAAUGCUUCAUGAAGGUGUUUUUUAUGUCUCACACAAGGGGGCGGUAGAGUACCAACGACGCUCAUGCACCCAAACUCAGUCUGUAAGGUGCUGGACACUCAUUCCUCCCCCCCUCCUCCUACUCCUAUUAUUUCAAGUAGGACAAAGUCUGAACGGGAAAAUAUGUGGGAUUGUGAAAGGAUUGCACCAAUUUCUCCCCAAAUCAUUCCCCCCCACAUCUGUUCUUCUCCAUUAUAUCUGGGCGUCUACAGCCCAAUCCCUUGUUUGUAUGAUAAUCAUCCAGUGUAAUUGUCAAACUCUCAAAAAGUCGAUAUUUAUUAUGGAAAUUACAGAUAAACCGCCCCACACACACACACACACACACACACACUAGAGGGCUUUUAGGAAAUAAAUUUCAUGUUGAUAAGAAUCAAAUAUACAGUCGAAGCAUUUUUUUAAUAGUUCCCUUUCUGGGCGAUUAUUUUUAGAUUUAAAUUGAAAUGGGAAAUUUUGACAGCUGAUGUUUUUCUUUUGGACCAAAUGCUGAGUUGCAGUGUGAAGUCAUCAGAACUCCACCAACCAUUCACAUUCAUAAUUGCGCUUGGGAGGAAAUUGUGAUCAAUGUCAACAUAUUUUUUUAAAUGAUCUGUUUUUUCUUGAAAUUAGGUUUAUCUUCGAAUUAGCUUGAACCCGGUGUGCCUUCACUUUGUAACACUUAUAGGACGGAUAUCCAUACUGGAAGUCGCCAUUAUGUGUGCGGCUUAAUGUGCUUCGACGAAUAGAGGUGGUAGAGGCAUAAUGUUUUGUUGUGAGAUGUAAGCAAUUCAAACACCCCUCUAUGUUGCCGACUAUGUAUAAAGGUCAUACAAGGUGGGUUUCAGUGCUGAACCACCUUGAAAACGUCUACAAUUUUCAGAUCCUUCUCCUCACUGUCACUUCCAUAUCUUCAAAGAUUGUGUGUUUGUAU